GAACCAAAGCACACACCAGAGAGAGAGAGAGAGAGAGAGAGUUUCUCUUCGACCUAAAUCUUUAGCAACGCUGUAAGUCUUUUAGAAAAAAGAAUAAUUAUAAAUAAAGCUGAGAGUCUGAGAGAGUGAUUGAAAAGAGAGAAAAGAGAAGGUUUUUUUGCGGAAGAACGAAGUAGAUUCUCCAGCAUUUGUGAAUCCUGAUCUCUCAAUUCAAACAGAGACAUCCACCAGCCUUUAUGAAGUUAUGGUUUCUUAUGCUUUCAAGUUCACUGUUUAAAUUCUCCGUUCAUUGAAGCGUUUGCUUGUUGGAAUUGCACGUUGAAAAAAAUUAAAUCAGCUUUGUUCGGAUCAAAGGCUUUAUUAUUACGUUUGAAGAAUAGUUUUUUUUGAACUGAAUCUUUCGUAGAAAGAUUUUACCGUGAGUCUGUGAACGAGAUUUUCUCUGAGAAACUUCAAGACUGCUUCUUCAAGAAUAUGAAGUCUAUUGCUUAUUCCAGAAUCCACUUUUAGCCAGCCGUGAAAGUGAAUGCGCUUCCGAUCUCAGACGGAGGCGUGAAUUUUCUCGUUAGUAAUUUUGUAUGGAAAACAGAUCUGAGAGAGAAAACUGUUGAAUUUUCAACAAUUCAAGACCUGAACAGUAAAUUGAAUAGAUAAUUCGCCGAAUCUCAACAAAUAUUCGCGAAAUUCUUUCAGCUGGAGAUGGAGCUUCCUCACUCCCGUCCAUUCGGAACCGAAGGAAGGAAACCAACGCACGACUUUUUGUCACUCUACAGUACUCAGCCAACGGUCCAACAAGAUCCGAGACCUUCUUCUCAAGGUAGUUUACUGGAAACUCAUGAUUUUCUACAAGUAGGGAAGGUUAGUGCCAAGGAAGAAAGCACAGUUGAAACAUCAUCGAGCGUUGAAAAGCCACCGCCUCCGGCACCACCUCCGACUUCUGUAGAACAUAUUCUCCCCGGUGGGAUUGGGACUUAUAGUAUAAGCCAUAUUUCUGACUUCAAUCAAAAAGUUGCAAAGCCAGAGGGUUCGAUAUUCACAGUAGCUCAGGCAACUAGUAGCGAGAGACACGAUGAAAAUUCUAACUGCAGUUCUUACACUGGAAGUGGUUUCACUUUGUGGGAAGAAUCUGCAGUCAAGAAGGGAAAGACAGGGAAGGAGAAUGCGGGAGAUCAGAGAGCCAAUGGAAGAGAAGCGGCAGUGAAAGUGGGGCAGUGGCCGUCACAAUCGUCUUCAAACAACAAUCCCCUUCGCAAUAGCUUCAGCUCCCUCUCCUCCUCACAACAAUCUGGGCUGAAGAGUCAGAGCUUCAUAGAGAUGAUAAAGUCUGCAAAAUGUAGUACCCAAGAUGAAGAUUUAGAAGAUGAAGAAGAUUACACUAUUAAAAAAGAGAACUCUUCUACUAUCCUUAAAGGGGAAUUGAAGGUAAAAGUUGAUGGGAAGAACACUGAUCAGAAGCCCAACACGCCAAGAUCAAAACAUUCUGCAACAGAGCAACGAAGAAGGAGCAAAAUAAAUGACAGAUUUCAGAUGUUGAGGGAACUCAUUCCUCACAGUGACCAAAAGAGAGACAAAGCUUCAUUCUUGCUUGAGGUUAUCGAGUACAUUCAGUUCCUACAGGAAAAAGUACAGAAGUAUGAAGGUUCGUACAUAGGAUGGAACCAAGAAGCCACAAGAUUGAUGCCAUGGCAGAGAAACAAUAAGAAGCCUGUGGAAAGUUAUGUUGAUCAGUCCCGAGGGAUGGUUGCGGCCAAUUUUGAUGAGAAAAAGGUACCGAUUUCUCCAGCAACUCCUGGAAAUCCACAGAAACCAAUAGACCAGCAGCCUGGAAUAACCAAUAAAGCAAUGCCCCUUCCUCCGACGUCGUUUCAGCCAAACUACUUCACUCCGGUUAGGAGUGGCGGUUUGGUAGCUCAACUUCCACCACCUAGGUUGGCAUCCGAUGUAGAGCACACAACAUCUCAGCGGCAAGCGCAGUUAUGUAAUACUAGACCAUGUACAAGUGACGGGGCAGUUGUCAGUGAUAAACUGAAAGAACAAGAGCUGGGUAUUGAAAGUGGCACAAUAAACAUCUCAAGUGUGUAUUCUCAAGGGCUGUUAAAUACUCUGACACAAGCACUGCAGAAUUCUGGAGUUGAUUUGUCGCAAGCCAGCAUUUCAGUGCAAAUCGACAUCGGAAAGCGCACAAGCCCAUCAUCAUCCAUUGUUAAGGAAAAUAAGGUUACUUCCCGCACUCAAGGAACCGCUAGUUCCAGAGGAAACGGCGAGGAUUCCAAUCAAGCGAUAAAGAAGCAGAAAACAGACAAAAGCUAGGUUUGCAUAGUAUUAUAAUUAUAAUAAUUUUUUUGUAAUUUAAUUCAUUCAUUUUUUUGGGGGUUUUACUGUUGUGUUGUCGUGUUUGAGAGGUAGAUUAGUUGGAAUGUACAUGUAGUGGGUUUGUUUUGAUUUUGUUCGGAUAUACAUAUAGAAUUCCUAACAAAUGUUUUUUUCUUUUUCUUUUUUACUUUGUUGAAUCAUUAUUAUAGAUGGUUCCUUAUUUUU